CUUGCCUCAGCUCUGGUCCUCUGGACAAGACCAGCUGGAUAGAAGUGGUCUUCUCAGUACCCCCAAACUGCUGGUUGGUUGACCCUCAGCGCCUGUCAAGGCAGAGAAAGGAAGUGAUGGAGCCAGGCAGCACUCAGAUAAAACUUGAUCCAAGGUACACAGCAGACCUUCUGGAUGUGCUGAAAACCAACUACAGCGUCCCCUCUGCCUGUUUCUCUCACCCUCCCACUGCAGCCCAGCUCCUGAGCGAAUUGGGACCAGUGGAAAUUGCCCUCACAGUCAUCAUGACCUUUCUUGCUAUGGGAUCGAUUGCUAUCUUUGUGGAGGAUGCUAUCUAUCUAUAUAAGAACACGUUUUGCCCCAUCAAGAAGAGGACUCUAAUCUGGAGUAGCUCUGCACCUACGGUGGUAUCUGUGUUCUGCUGCUUUGGUCUCUGGAUCCCUCGUUCCCUCAUGCUCGUGGAAAUGGCCAUAACUUCGUUUUAUGCCAUAUGCUUUUACUUACUGAUGCUGGUCAUAGUGGAAGGCUUUGGUGGAAAGGAAGCAGUGAUGAGAACACUAAAGGACACCCCAAUAAGAAUCCACACUGGCCCCUGCUGCUGCUGCUGUCCCUGUUGCCCUCCUCUCAUGCUCACAAGAAAGAAGCUUCAGCUCCUGAUAUUGGGUCCUUUCCAAUAUGCCUUCUUCAAGAUACUGCUAUGCCUGGUGGGCCUGUUUCUCAUCCCUGAUGGCAUCUAUGACCCAGCAGAUAUUUCUGAGAAGAGCACAGCUUUAUGGAUCAACACUUUUCUUGGGGUAUCUACCUUGUUGGCUCUCUGGGCCCUGGCCAUCCUUUUCCGUCAAGCCAGGCAGCACCUGGGGGAGCAAAACAUAGGAGCCAAAUUUGCUCUGUUCCAGGUGCUUGUCAUCCUGACUGCCCUGCAGCCUUCCAUCUUCUCCAUUUUGGCCAAUGGUGGGCAGAUUGCUUGUUCACCUCCCUAUUCUUCUAAAACCAGGUCUCAGGUGAUGAAUUGCCAUGUCCUCAUAGUAGAGACUUUCUUGAUGACUGUGUUGACACGAAUGUACUACCGGAGGAAAGAUGUCAAGGUUGGGUAUGAAACUUUCUCAUCUUCAAAACUGGACUUGAAACUCAAAGCCUGA